AUGCCGAAGACCAACUGCUUCUCUGUGGAGUAUGCCAAGUCCAGCAUGAGCACCUGCCGUGUUUGCAUGGCCAAGAUCGUGAAGGACUCGCUUCGCGUGGGCCAUAGCCAGGUGGAGGGCAUCAAUGACAUGACAAUGGACGGAAAGGAGGUGGAUCCGCGCACGAUGGCCCUAGCAGGAGCAGUUCGUUGGCAUCACUUCGAGUGUUUCCCACGCAUGAAGGGUGCCAAGUGGAUGACCGCGAACCUUCCGGCAUCCCCUGAGAAGCUGGACGGCUUUAAGGAUCUCAAGAAGGCUGACCAGAAGAAACUUCUUGAACUGUGGAAGGGCUUGUUGGGCAGUAGCCAGCCAAGCAAGGCAAGCAAGCGCAAGGCUGAUACAGACAUAAGUGGCAAGCCAGCCAAGGCCUUGAAACGUCCGGCAGGCGCAUCCAGCCUUAGCAAGCUCACCUCAGUUCAAGGCGUUCUCACUGCAGCACAGUUCAAGAAAAUCCAGGCAAUAGAGGAGAAGCUCAGCUCCUCUACGGCAACCGCACUUAUUGCCGAGCUGCAGAAGAAUGAGCAAACAAGAACUGGCAAAAAGGAGGAUCUGGUUUCUCGUGUGGCAGAAGGCCGUGUCCUCGGCGCUUUGCCGUCUUGCCCACGUUGCAAGCAUGGCCAGGUGCACUGGAGUCGUCUAGGAGGCUGGUUCAGUUGCCCCGGCUACUUUGACAAGGGCACCCUCGAGCAAAAGCGUUGCUACUGGCGGUCACAAGAGCUGAAGCGAAAGGCUUGGAAGAAGCCUUAG